GAAUGGUCCAGAAGUUGGACCAGAAACUCCCGGUGGCCAACGAGUACCUCCUGCUGUCAGGAGGUGUUCGGGAAGGCGUGGUGGACAUGGACCUAGACGAUCUGAGUGUCUACGCCCGGGGGACAGACUACGACAUGGACUUCACCCUCUUGGUCCCGGCGCUCAAACUCCACGACCGCAACCAGCCCGUGACCCUGGACAUGAGGCACUCGGCGCUCGGCCACUCCUGGCUCAGCCUCCGUCUUUUUGACGAAGGGACCAUCAACAAGUGGAAGGACUGUUGCACCAUCGUGGACCACAUCAGCGGGACCACCAACUACUUCUUCUCCCCCACCCUGGUGGCGGACUGGUUCUACCAGUCCAUCUCCCUGGUGCUGCUGGAGGUGCAGAAGAAGCCCCAGAGAGGGACGCCCAGGGUGGAGAAGGUGGAGCGCAACGGGACCAUCAUCUCCGUCAUCCUGGGCGUGGGCAGCAGCAGGAUGCUCUACGACAUCGUCCCUGUGGUGUCCUUCAAGGGCUGGCCCGCCGUGGCUCAGAGCUGGCUCAUGGAGAACCACUUCUGGGACGGAAAGAUCACGGAGGAGGAGGUGAUCAGCGGUUUCUACCUGGUCCCCGCCUGCUCCCACAAGGGCCGCAAGGAGAACGAGUGGCGCCUGUCGUUCGCCCGCAGCGAGGUGCAGCUGAAGAAGUGCAUCUCGUCCAGCCUCAUGCAGGCGUACCAGGCCUGCAAGGCCAUCAUCAUCAAGCUGCUGUCCCGCCCCAAAGCCAUCAGCCCCUACCACCUGCGCAGCAUCAUGCUGUGGGCCUGCGACCGCCUGCCSGCCACCUACCUGGGCCAGGAUGACCUGUCCGCCCACUUCCUGCUGGGCCUGAUCGACGACCUGCAGCACUGCCUGGUCAACAAGACGUGCCCCAACUACUUCAUCCCUCAGUGCAACAUGCUGGAGCACCUGUCGGACGAGACGGCCGUGCUGCACGCCCGCAAACUGUCCUCGGUGCGCUCCGACCCCGCCGAGCACCUGCGCAGCACCAUMGAGCACGCCAAGGCCGCCAACAGGCUGACCGUGGAGCUGCAGUGGCGAGGCAGCUCCAACAGCCUGCCGUCGCCGCAGUCCGACGCCGGUGGGGACAGCCAGCCCGACGACCGGCUGGCCAAGAAGCUCCAGCAGCUCGUCACCGAGAACCCCGGCAAGUCCAUCUCCGUCUUCAUCAACCCGGACGACGUCACGCGGCCGCACUUCCGCAUCGACGACAAGUUCUUCUGAGACUGAUGGACGCUCCCCGGGUGCUGCUCCCCCCGAGCCCCUCCCCCCGAGUCCCUCUCUCGGUGCCGCUCCCCACUCCGAGCCCACUGCCUUUCAGACUUUACUCUUUAGGUUUUUCAGUUUCCUGCCACAGAGUGAGGUGAUGCUGUCGUCGUCUGCCACAGUCUUUCUUUGGUCGUGUUCUUUUUGUAUUCCUGUGCCCCCUCCCUCCUCUCACUGUGUGCCCUGUGCUUUCUACCUGCUCAAUGCCUUUAAACUCACCGCUGAGUAGCAGCAGGUGGUCUGGAUCCGAGGACAGACCCAAACCUGUCCUCAGAUGGAACUGCUGGUCCACUAACACUUCAAUGAUCAGGGACCCUGGACACCAAACCAAACCCAUCAACUCCUGAAGAGACCAGUUUCAGCCAUGAACCCACGAGGCUAAAGGCUUCUUUAAUGUCUGAAGUCCAGUUUCACACAUCUGGAUCCAGGUUUCACACAUCUGGAUCCAGGUUUCACACAUCUGGAUCCAGGUUUCACACAUCUGGACCUCUACCAGACUUGUAAGGUUCAGGAGUUGGUGUGACGGUUCAGAGCCAGGGGUGGACCCAGCAGAGUUCUGUCAGAAGGUGGAUUUGGUUCCUCCGGGGACUGUCUUAGUCCUGCUAGACGACGACGAYGACGAUGAUGAUGAUGAUGAUUAUGAUGAUGAUACUAACGUCUUACAAACUGUAAAUAGUAAACGGACUCUUGAGCUACUUUUUGUCUGAUUUUGCACAGAAUGUAAAAAUCCUCACUUCUUCUGAUCUUAAGGUGAUUUAUUGUUCGUGGUCCUGAAGGUCCGGCUCUGUGGACACUGGAGGGGACACUGACCUGAUGGUCUGGUUCACCUGUGUGGGUUUGAAUGUAGAGGACCUCAGAGACAAAUGUUGGACAGCAGGUUUUACUCACAGUUUGUUUAAAAAUAAAAAUUUGAACCUGAAACCAGUUCUUAAAUGUCCUCUUGGACCAGGUUUUGUCUUGUCUGACCUUCACACUUCUCUCCAGAAGACUCUUGUCUCUGUGGAUGGCUGGAAGGGUUUGGAGCUUCUUUCUGGGUCCUCUGAGUCCAUGGUGAUGUAGAACUGACCUAACUAGGGACAGGGACACUGGUGGACUGAACCACUGUCCUUUCUUCUGAGGGGGACAGGUUAGUGUCUCUGCUGUUGUAGAACCUCUGUCAGGUUUAGAGUCACAGAUCAUUCCUGUCCACAAACUUAGUUCCUCUCAGAUGU